AGCAUAAAGGCCGGGUUACACGAUCACUUUUUACCAUCACUUUUUUCGAUAUUGGACCAACAUGCUGAAAAGUGAUCGUGUAACAUACUAAAAUUGUCCAUUUUCGCUGCAGAAUUUAAUGCGUUUAUCUGCUGUUAAUCCUCUAUCAUUGGAAAUUUUACUCUGAACGAAAGCAGAGUAAAAUCGAGUUCAUCAUUUUUUUUCAAAGGCGCCGACAAAUUCUUACGUCACAUGAUGUUUUGAUGAGAAGGGAACGGCCUAGAGUUUCGAGAAAAGAAGAAAAAGACGCGAAUUGUGCUCAGAAGCAUAAUUAUUAGGAGAAAACGAAAAUGAAUAAUGAUUUGGAGUAAAUCGAGGAGGAGCCAAUUACAGAAAAAUAAAUGCAGUUUAAUAAAAUAAACUCAUUUUUUAUAAGAAACCGUCUAUAAAAGCCAGUACUCGAAAAUGAGAAAAGGUUAAGAAACUCCAAUACUCGAGCAAGAAACUGCAAAACUAAUAUAGAUUGAGAAUAAGCAAAAAUCAAGAAUUUCUUGAUUUUAUAUUGCUAAUUUUGACUAAACUUACUUACACUACAAACUUAAAAAAAGAAUAAAACUACACAGUGAUUAGGAAACCAAAUUUAAAGUAUCGAGGCUCUUGUUUUUCGAGAAUAACACAGAAGUAUUCUAAAAACUCUUGAGCUCUAAAAUUUUGUGAACCUUAAGGAACUGGUGUACUCCCUGUCGAGGAUGGUUUUUUAUAAAAAAUGAGUGUAUUUUAUUAAACUGCAUUUAUUUUUCUGUAAUUGGCUGCUCCUCGAUUUACUCCAAAUCAUUAUUCAUUUUCGUUUUCUCCUAAUAAUUAUGCUUCUGAGCACAAUUCGCGUCUUUUUCUUCUUUUCUCGAAACUCUAGGCCGUUCCCUUCUCAUCAAAACAUCAUGUGACGUAAGAAUUUGUCGGCGCCUUUGAAAAAAAGUGAUGAACUCGAUUAUACUCUGCUUUCGUUCAGAGUAAAAUUUCCAAUGAUAGAGGAUUAACAGCAGAUAAACGCAUUAAAUUCUGCAGCGAAAAUGGACAAUUUUAGUAUGUUACACGAUCACUUUUCAGCAUGUUGGUCCAAUAUCGAAAAAAGUGAUGGUAAAAAGUGAUCGUGUAACCCGGCCUUAAUGAAUAGUUAAUUCAGACUGUCAAGUAAAGAAUUCUCCCAACCAAAUAUACACUGGCUUGUUAAGGGAAGGGGGCUGACCUCUCUGGAAUCUCUCUUAAUUUAAGAAAAGGCUCAGCCCACAAGCCUCUCUCACUGCACCGUAAAUAGGUUUGGAGUAGGGAUUUAUAUGUUUUGGCUAAAUGACAGAAAAAGGGUUGGGGUACUUCCAAACUCGUGUUUCUGAAGGACAUUGAAUUUCAGACUUAUACAAAAGGAUAGUUGUGAAUUUUUAGGAUUUACAUAACAGCCGUUGUAUAUUUAGUGAACUAAGCAAAUCUUAGAUGCCUUUAUAAUAGGAAAGGUUGAUUAACAUAGCGCCUUUAGGAGACACAGACGGAAUCGAUAAAGGGGAAACUGCAACUGUCCGGGAAAUACAUUGACUGGAUGUCCGGGUCGGAAAGACAUCAGCGAGAAUACAGUUAAAACUCUUUAUCUAUGUCAAAAGAAAUACUGUAUGUGAAGGCAGUACUGUGAAAUACAAAUAAGGAAAAUGAAAGAUGUAUUAAGACGAGUGCCUUGAAUUGAAGCGCCGCAGAGGCCGGUGAAAUGCAGGGGCAGGGCUACACUUUCGAUAAAUGUAAGAGGUAAGGACAGUUGAGAAAACCCAUUCAAUGGCGAGGUGCAGGCUAGAUGUAUUAUACCGCAGGUGGUGACAAGACGGGUACUCGUGCCAUAUCAAUGUCGUAAGGCAGUACUUCAACUAGCCCAUGAUCAUCUCAGUAACCUCGGAAACAAGAAUGCCAAAUCCAAAAUGCUGCAACGAUCUUGUUUACCUUAGCUGUUCCACGAUAUUUUUGAUCAACGCAGAUCACGUGAAAUUCGCUAGACGAUGAAUCACACAAGUCGAAUGUUAUUUAAUGAUACAAGGAUUAUCCUACCUUAAUCGCUGAAAGAAUGUGCCAUUAAUCGCACAUGAAGAUCAUCACGGACAGUCAAAGAAAACAGCACUGUUAAUAGAGUAUUCCGUUUUCUUCUUUCGACGUUGACUUUUGGCAAAGGCCCACCUUCCCAAAAUAAGGAAUUCAGUAGAUAUAAGCGAGAACUCGGAGUAAGGCGCCAUAAGACAACACGUCUCUGGCCACAAGAGAAUUCAGAAGUCGAAAAUUUCAAUAAGUCACGAGAGAAAACAAUUUGUGCAGCAUGGAUCGAAAAACGACCUUGGAAACAAGAACUUUCAACGACGACAGUUCCUCCAGCUGGAAUGCUGGAGUGCAUCACGAACAGGUUGUUAUUUCGUGCGUGCCAUUGAAAGGCCUUGGAGGGGUGCUACUGCUGCAACUGUUGCAAAAGUUCGAAGACCGCGGAUCGAUGACUACCUAUCGCUGAUUAUUUAAACAUUCUUUUGAUUUACGUCAGACCAAGCCAUGUUAAUCGCCAAGUUACUGAAGACAACAGUCAAAGCUCGAGAUUCAACGUUGUCAUGGGUAGCUUUACUCGCAUCUAUUCUGCUUCUUUUUACAACGAGCGGGUUUCUCUUCAGCUUUGGAAUAUUCUAUAAUUCAUUCUUAGAAGAAUUUGGGGAUUCAAAGGAGAAAACAGCAUGGGUCGGUUCAAUUCCAGUUUCACUGAUGUUUCUCUUGGCACCAUUGGCAUCUUGGCUCCUAAGCAAGAUUAGCUUGGGAGUCGCUGUAGUAGCAACAGCAAUCCCGUUGGGACUCUCUCUUCUAUUGACGUCAUUCAUAACCAAUAUCAAUGCAGCCUUUUUCACCUUCAGCAUCCCUUUUGGAUUAGCCUCUUGUUUAAUGAUUAUGGUUACUAACAAAGCCGUUUGCAUCUACUUUGACAAGAGGCAGUCAACUGCAUAUGGUUUGCUUACUGGAGGAUGUUGUAUUUCUCAAGUUGGCUUGUCCUAUAUCAUCAUAUGGCUUGUGAAUAACUUUACAUUAGAAAGAACAUUUCAAGUUCUAGCAACGGUUAUAACAUUAGCUUGUUUGAUUUCAUCGCAAGGGUUUUUUCCUACAACCUACGAAAGCGAUGAGAAAGUGAAUUCUGCGAGAAAGAAGGGACUCAACGUGUACUUUCAUCUGCUCAAAAACAAAGCAUUUUGCCUAUACCUGUUUGCAAUUUUUGUGUGUUCAUUUUCCUACUCUGUUUCCAAUGUUCAUCAGGUACAACUAGCAAUUGGGUAUGGCACUUCACCGGAUUUAGCAAGACAGUUCCCUGUAUUUUCGGCUAUUGGAAUGGGUUGUGGUAGAUUUAUCUCUGGCUUUAUCGUCGACAGCAAGAAAUUCAAAACAAUCAACUACUACCAGUCUGUAUUGUUUCUAAAUGGGUUGACAGCAGUCAUUGGAUCAUUUUCAUACACCCCAAUACACUUGAUUGUCUAUAUUUGGGCAUUUUCCUUUCUGGAUGGGCAAAUGCAAUCUACUUUUGCACCAGUUGUUAGGGAAGUAGUCGGUAUGACGUACAUGACUGAAGGCUUUGCAAUGGUCUUUACCUCAUGCAGUGUAUCCAUGAUGCUUGGACCACCUUUAUUAGGUUUUAUAGUUGACAAGACUCAAGACUACAGAGCGUUCUUCCUGCUGUCAGGGAUACCUCCAAUAUUAACAUGUCUGCUUCUGACGCCACUUAGGUAUAUGGAAAAAGUCGAAGUCCCUGAUAAAGAAGUAAACGAGAAAUUGACGGACGAGCAAGAUAUAGAGGUGGAUGUUGAGGUAAUAUUUAAAGAUAAAGAUAUACUUAGGUCAAUGCGCUUAGAAACACCUGUAUGAUAAGAUUCUAAGGGACUGGUCAUUAAUGCUUACUUUGGAUGUGGGGAAUAUC